UCGUGUCUGUGUGUGUUUGUGUCAGUGUGUCUGAGUAUCUCUGGAUUUGUGUGUGAGUGUACUUGUGUCUGAGUGUGUUUGUGUGUAUCUGUAUCUGUCUGUGUCGAUGCCCGCAGCGGGUGAACUGGCAGACACACAGACGCCAGCUUCCCCAGUAGCCGCUCUCUCAGGCCGGCUGCCAGAGAGAAGCUCCCCCAACAUGGACUUGCUGCUGAUCAAACUGAAGGAUUUCUCCAGCAAACCUGGCAGGUUCCCGGGCGGGGGAGGCAGGAGCAGCCCGCCCGCCCUCUGGAAACGGCAGAGCUGCUCUGGUCCCGAAUGGGAGCCGCAGGCCCAGGGCCAGACGAUGGAUAUGGAGAAGGCUCUGGAGUGGCUGAAAUCCGAACUGAUGGAAAUGCAUUUCCAGAAUCAGACUUUGGUGAAACAGUUGAUGGAGCUUCACGUUGGGAUUCAGGAGCUAAAGAAGGAAUAUGAUAGUGACCAAGAUCUGUCAGCCUCGGAGAGUGAUAAUGAGGAGUCUGGGGAUGGCCUAAAUCGCUCUCACCCUGACCAUAGACAGCUGGCCCAGAGGGAGAACCGCAGGAACUCAGUGCCCUGAGUAAACUUGCACUGAGCUGUUCAAGUCUACAUGAGGAUGAAGCAUUAACUAGGAGGUGAAGUGUUGCAUGGCUGCAGUGCCAAACAUCGAGGUGCAGGAUGAAAAUGAGAAAUAUUCUUACCCUCAGAAGAAGGUGAUCCUGAAGAGACUGGAAUGAGGCAGCACUUGUUUAAUGGCAGCAUCAGUGGUGCUUCAUUCUGAAAGUACUGUCAUACAAGUUCACAAUCAAGGCUUGAUGAACUCUCAGCAAAGUCAUAGAAUCAUAGAAUCCCUACAGUAGAGAAAGAAGCCAUUCGGCCCAUUGAGUCAACACUGGCACUCCUAAGUGCAUUGCACCCAGACCCACACCUACCAUCUCAUUCCCAUAACUCAUAUGGGGCUUUUACCAUGCCUAAUCACCUAGCCUGCACAUCCCUGGACACUAUGGGCAAUUUUUAGCAUGGCCAAUCCACCUAACUGGCACAUCUUUGGACUGUGGGAGGAAACCCCUGAGGAU